AUGGCGGCUACUUCUUCUCGGCGCCCUGCUGCUCUGCUGGUACUGGUAGCAGCAGCAGCAGCCGUGGUGGCCCUGGCGGCCGCCGGCGACGUCGAGCUGCUGGAGGGCAGGUACCCGCCGCUGGCGCCGGGCCUGUCGUUCGACUUCUACAAGAAGAGCUGCCCGAAGGCGGAGUCCAUCGUGAAGGAAUUCCUGUCGUCGGCGGUGCGGCAGAACGUGGGGCUCGCCGCCGCGCUGAUCCGGCUCCACUUCCACGACUGCUUCUUUUUCAGUUCAAAACAGCUCCGGCUCCGAUCCACAGAGGUUGUUGCAGGAGUUGGAGCCAUUCCAAAACUGGCCAUAGUUUGUCACGAGUUUUUCUCGUAG